CAAUUAGGCCCUCUGAGUGCAAACUUAUUUUCCGUCAAAAUUCCGAUCUCGCAUAAGCCAUUUGAAUCUUUCACAAAACCCUAAAUCCCUAAAAAAACCCCGAUCCCCAAAUUGGAACCCAAUUCUCCGAUUUCUGAUCCUAAAACUCCAUCCAAUUUUUCGAGCUAUUACGUUAAAUCAUGGGCAUAAUAAGAAGCAGCUUUUCGUUCAUCGCAGGCACAGCUUGCGGGAUUUACGUUGCCCAAAACUACAACGUCCCCAACAUAAAAAAGCUGGUUGACUCCGCCUUCUUCGUAGCCAAGCAUGUUGAAGAGAAGUACCGCAAGCCCAAGAACAAGGACGACGACUAGAUCCUAAAUACCAUGCUGUUGCCAAGAAUCAAUAGACUCAACAGGUCCAAUGUUGUUUUCUCUUCUUUAAUUAUGGAAAAAAAAAAAGGAAGUUAUCUUUUUGGAUUAAAUACGAUAUUGAGGUUUUUUUUUUUUUUGUGUACAUUUUACAAAUUGGGGGAGGGGAACCUUGAUCUUUGGGUGCCAACAAAAUAGCUUACCCAAUAUUUUUUUCUGGCGAUAUUAGGAUUUGAAAACAGAAACCAAGAUAAAUUUUGUUGUUAAUUAUAACUUGCAAUUGAAAUUUUAUUUAAUUGUAUUUUUGGGGGGCACUAUGUUGAAAUUGGAUUGUUCGUUGUUGAGGAAUAAAUAUGAUGGCGCUAAUCUACUCAGCGUUUGUUGUUUUCA